CGAUAUUGCUAAAAAAAAUAUCGUAUUCAAUAUUAUCAAUAAAAUUGAAUUCCAAAAAUUAACUGUAGAGAAUAUCACGUUGAAAUCCCUGCAUGAUCUUGAUGUAAAUAGUUUUUUUAAAGAUUUUCUCUCAAAAUCAACAGAACAAAAUAUAACUAUAAAAUUCAUUUUUUAUAAAGUUACGGUUAAUAAUAUCAAAACUAAAAUUAUUAAUUAUCAAAAUAUCUCUAAUUUGAUAUGGAUUGAUAAACCUUUAUUGCUAGAGAACAUCAAAUUCGACAAUUUAAUUGUAGAAGGAGAUAUUGUAACAAAAACUUUAAACAAUUUUGUUUUUAAUGAGUUAUAUUCAAACUUGAUCAAUGUGUCAAUAUCAAAAAUCACUAAUUUAAAAAUACACGGAAAUAUUUCUUGGGAUAUUUUUUCAACAAAUUCCACUUCUUUGACAUUCUUACUCAAAAAUGCAGUAACCAAAACAACGAAUCAAAUUAUUCAAAGCAAUAUAAUUUUUCAAAAGAAUAUAUCAGCAUCAACAAUUAAAGCACAAUCUAAAGAAAUCGAUAAAAUACAUAAUAUUAUUGUAGAUGCUGUGAUAGAUGAUGAGAAAAAUAUUGAAAUAAUUGGUCAAAAAAUUUUUAAAGAGAAUCUAAAUAUUGAUACUAUAUCAGUAAUCAAUGAUAUUGAUAUUCCUAUGAUUAACAAUAUUAAUAUUCUCGAAUUUAAUAAUUCCGUGGUAAGAAAAGAUCGAGAAACAAUAAUAACUGGAAUUAUAACUUUUCUCGAUGAUGUUGCGAUUGAUCAAAUUCUUGUCAAUGAUAAUGUUCAUAACAUCCUCCUGAAGGAUGUGAUUCUGGUAACUGAUGUAUUACCAAACCACAUAUUUUUCAAAAAUCUUGUUAUAUUAAAAAAUGUACGUUUGAAGAAUUUUGAUAAAGUAGAUUUUGAUGAAUUUUUAAAGAAUCAUGUAACUAUUGACAAAGAAAAUGAAAUAUUUUUUGAUGUAUAUUUCAAUGAUAUUAUAGAAAUAACAGAGAAUGCAAAUGCAUCAACACUCAAUGAUAUUUAUCUCUCCGAUUUGGUUCUAAAUGAAAGUAAGGAAACGCAAAUAAUAUCUGAUUCAAAGAUCUUUGAAGAAAAUUUCAUAAUAAAUGGCAAUAUUUAUACACCAUUUAUUAAUGGGAUGAAUAUAUCAUUAGAAUAUUGUAGCGGUGUGCAAAAUGAUGAAGACGUUAAAAUCAUCGGAGAUUUGAUUUUUGAAUCAAAAAUUAAAGUUCCAGAAAAUAUAUCCGUUUUCAACUUAAUAAACGAAGUAAAUUUAUAUACUAUUCUUUAUAAUCUACAAGAACAGACACAUCAAAUCUAUCGCGUGUUUGUACUAAAUGAAAUUAGAAUGAAGGAGAGCAUGGUUCAAUCUUCCUUAAUUUCUAAAACUCUCACGAACAUUUUUUCAUAUUUAGAAAUAGAACAAAAGUUAAGAAUUCAAACACCUAAUAUUAAGAAGAUUGAUGUUAUUUAUUAUGAACAGAUUACAAAACUGAAUAUGUUUGGAGAAGAAGCAGGAUAUUUUUGCGGACUUCCAGAUAAUUGUUCUUGUCCAAUUGAAUAUAUGGCUGAACUUACCAAAAAAACUUGUCAAAUUCGAAAAAUAAAUAAUAAUAAAAUAAUAAGAAAUUAUCAAUAUUUGUAUAAUAUAUAUGGUAUAAACAUAGAAUCAAAUGCAAUAUCAUAUAGCCGUGAAUGUACAUUGAAUAAUACCGAAAAUGAAUUCAUUACAAUUUUAUGGAUUAAACCUAACAUAAUUGAUACUGGAGAUAUAUUAGCUAAUAUAAAAGAAACGUCUUUAAAAAUUCGAGGUUUUAUAAAAGAUGCAAAAUUUUUCAUGACACAUGAUAAUGCUACUUUUCUUGUACUAGCAGUAUAUUAUGAUACGAUACUUGCAACACAUCAGACAAAUUCUCUAAUUUACAAAAUUGAUUUCAAGAACAAUACAUUAUUUUUGUAUCAGAAUCUAUCUACUGAUGGAGCUUCGACUGUUGAAAUUUUUAAAAGAAAUCACGAUGUAUAUCUUCUAUUUGGUUGUUUUGGAAACUCCGAAAAAUCAUCUUUAUAUAAAUUAGAUGCUUUUACUUCCAAAUUUAUAAUAAUUAGAACCUUCGAAGGUAAAACACGCAAUGUAAAAAGUUUAAUUCAAGAACAAGAUUGUUUUGUUUUUUUAGACGAUUUCGAGACAAAUGCAAUAAAUAUUUUUUAUUAUAAUUCAAAAUUUGAUAAUUUUUACAAUUAUCAAACUCUCUUCUAUAAUUCACAAGUUUAUGGAAUAGAAUCUUUUUAUAUGAACGAAUUUGGUCAAACCAAUUCCUUUAUCAUUGUCACAACAGAAAAUGAUGGAUUUUAUAUUUAUGAAUAUAUGCAUGCACAAAAAUUCCAAUUGAAGAUACAUCACCACAUAGAUGACUUACAAAUUAUGAUACCUUUCUAUCAUUUAGAAAAUUAUUAUAUCUUUAUGGGUACAAGCACAAAUAGCACUAUAUUACGAAUCAUAAAACAAGGUCCCUAAAAAAUUUUAUAAGAAUCUUAUUAUAGUUAUAAUAUAUAAGUUUAUUUACAUAUUAUGUAUAAAUUAAUAUAUGGUAGAAUUAAUACAUACAUAUUAAUAACUAAAAUAUAUGUAAUAUAUAUUUACAAUAUAAAUUUCAUGUAUUGAAUAAUUAAUAUAUUUGUUAGACAAUCGAACUUUAUUACUUUAUAUGAAAUAUAUAUCUUGGUUGGAACAUCUAUAAGACUUAUGUCUAAAAAAGCAGAUUUAGUAUUAAUCGAAUUGCGCCAGCGCAAUUCCAACGAAAGCAUUGAACUUUAAUUUUUACAAAAAGAGACUUAAGACAAAAUCAAAUGGCAUAAAAAUCAUUACGUGAGGAUAUAAGCAAUUAAAUGGUGUAGUUGCAAAUAUUUUCAGAACGAUAUAUAAUAAUAUUCUACGACGAAUUCUGUAGUCAA